ACACCACGAAUUUAAUGACGUCAUAUCUAAACUGCUCGGGAGAAAAUGAUGUGCCUCCUCUUGGGUGUUGUUCUUUUCUCAGUCGACGCGUCGUUCAUUCUCUGAACGUGCCAUGGACUCUGACACUAAACGAGAAGGCUUACUGGAAGCCAUUCUCAGUCCAUGGGAAGGAUGGAUUUUGAGAUUACAGAGUUUAUUAAUAUGGGAGAAACCGCGAUGGGCUAUAGUUUGGUUAUGCUCAAUUCAUCUUCUAUUUUGGUUCUUCUACAACAUACCCCUUAAUUUCUAUUCGUUUUGUUGUUGUUCUGUCAUAGUUCUUUUCAUCCUUGAUCUUUUAAUAAAUAGAAUUUGGAAGAAAAUAACAUCCAUCUUCCUUAGAAUCAGAACCAGAUUUUAUAGUAGAUAUAAAAUCACAGUUCCGGAGAGAUUGAGGAAGGACAACACUUUUUUUGUCCUUUCAAGCCUCCUGAUUUUCACUGAAUUGAUCUGGAGGUGUCUUGGAGUUUGUGCAAAGGAUUGCAGGCCUAAAUCACAUCAGGUUUCUGUCCAUUCUCACUUACUCACUGUACCUGAAUUGUGCCAGCACUUUAACCAAUCUAUGUCCUGUAUACAAUCAACUUUGCGUCGAUGGCUGAAUUUUCGAAGAGAGCAUCCAUUGCGUUUUUGUCUAACAAAUACUUAUAUAUGUAUGAACUUGGCAAUAGUAGGGUGCUAUGUACCAGGCAUUAUCAUAUCAUACAUAAUAGGUAUAGUAUUUUUAUUAUGUCCACCUGUAAUAUAUUAUCGUGUGCCUCAGAGAUUCAGACAGAAACUUGAACCAGUCACCAGCAGGAUUAUGUAUGUGAUGUCAUUCUUCAAUAUUUUUUGGGUUAUUAUCCGUGCAAUCAGAGGUGAUGGCUGCACUACUGAAAAUGAAAUCAAUUCACAUGUGGGAUUACCUUCUGAUGAAAUUAAGCUGAGUGAUUUAUAUCCCGAAGCUGAUCCUACAGCACUGUCUACAGCAGCAACUGAGAGUGAGGGUGAAAGGACUCCCGAUCAUCUAACUCCAGCUCUUUCUGAAAACCACUCAAUUGAGAAUAGUGAUGAUGACCAUGAAACUGAUAUAGAGCAAGAUUUGGCUGAAGGUCUUGGAGAAGAGAUGCCAUCAUUUGAUGACCACACUGAUGAUGAAUUGCUAGAUAACAAAUCAUCAGAUGUAAUUCAGUUUGUGCCAACACACUUUGAUUCUGAUUCUGAUGAUGGAGAAUUUGGUUUAGAUGCAAGAACUGGUAGUACAUCACAAAAAGAUAACAGUGUAGACAUUGAACGGAAUAUUGCAGAAAAUAUUGUAGCUCAAGCAAUGGGAUCCAUGAUGAAAAUGGCUUUAAAGGGUUUCUCAAAUCCUGAGGCACCUGAUCUAGAUCAGCAAAUGUCAGAUGAAGAGAAUGAACUACAUGAGUAUGAAACUGCAACAGUUAAACGAAGAAGGAAAGUUCGACCAACAGCUACACAAGAUUAUGUAGAACAUAGUGAUACAGAGUUGGCUGAUGACUUUGAGUUCCUUGAUUCAACAGAGCUUGAUGACCACUGACAAAUAUUAUAAACAAAUGUCACAAUUUAAAUUACAACACCCAGAUGACAGCAUCUUGUGAUAAAUUUCAUGCUUUGUUUAUAUGUAUUUAAACCAUGUAUAUACAUAUAUAUAUUACCAUGUUGCAUGUAUAUAUACACAUGCACCUAAAAUCAUGUAUAUAUGUACAUGUAUGUAUAGCUGUGAAUAUAUAUUUUUGCGUAUGUGCAUGUACAGGUGGGUAUUCUCAUACAUGUUGAACAAAAUGAAAGAAAAUUUGCUUUUCCGAUUACCAAAUGGUGACUAUUUUUUAAAAGCAGCUAUCAAAUUCACCUGGGAAAAAUCCCCAUUUAUUUUUAAUGUAAGAUAUGAACUUUUCCCUGUUGUACAUGAUAAUACCUUUUCUUAAUGUUUAUCAAAUAAUUUCAAGUUGGGCAUUUUCACUUAAAAUAUUUUUCUUUAAAUUGUAAAUAGAUUUUUAAAAUGAACUUUAUUAUUAAUGAAAAUAUGCAAUGUAUAUUUAAGUUUGAAAUUUAUAAGGAAAGGACUCAUCUUAAAUUCAGAUUUCACUCUGAGUGAACCUUUUUUGGAAGAUUAUGAUGUGUUAUUCAGCAUCAAAACCCAAUAACACUAUUGAGGGUAUUAUAAUUUAAAUCCUAUUCCUAUUGCCAUUGGACUGGCAUAAAAUUCCAGUAUCUAACUUCGGAGUGAAAUCUCAGUUUGUUAGGACCUCGUUAUUGAAGUUGAUUACAUAGUCAAAGUAAAACAGCUGUCAGUCCUGAACAUCUUUUAAUUUUAAUAUCUCUGCCGCAAUAGCUUUUGAAAUAAUUAGCAGUUUUAUUGUAAGAAAGGUGAUAACCAGUGUUAGUCAGUCAUUCUUAUACAUUGUUGCUCAUCUUAUUUUCUAAGAUGUUUCUCCAAAUUGUGAAGAUUUUGUGUUUUCCUUUCUGAAGAUUUAAAAGUACUAACACUAAUCUUCUCUCUCCAUUCAGUUCAUUUUUAACUUCAUAAACAAUAUAUAUCUUUGUGGGAAGAUGGGUUGGGUAAGCACAUGAAAGAAAUGAGAAAGCUAGUAUCUUAAUAUGGCCUUGUUUAACCUCUCAGUAAAGUUAAAUAAUUAGUUAUCAUGAUAGUAUUUGCCAAUAGUUCAAAAUCAUUUCAAAAGUUAGAUUUAAUAACUUUUUGAAUGUAGAGUUUCUGCUCUAAGACAAAUAUAGAAAUUUCUCUAAUAUACUUGCCAAGAGAAAAUAGCCAACUAUCUUUAUACAUGUCUAUGUAUCAACAUAUAAGCUUCCUUAUUCAUUAAAUUCAUCCCCAAAAAUUAUUUCAAUCUACAAUUUUGUAGAAAAUGCUGUUCUGUUUUGCCAAUUAAAAUAAGGAUAAGGCAGAUAUAUACGUACUUUGUCAUUAGAAAGUGAUUAACUUUAUUACAUUGUAAUGUUUUGGGAAAUAAUUGUUUACUGUUUCAGACUUAGUUAACCAUCUUAAGAAUUUUUUUUAAAUGGCCUUAUUAGAUGAAUUUAUGUAGAAGAUAGCACUUUAAUUAUCUACUGUUGAUUAACAAAACGUAUUGUGAUACCUUUGCAAAGAAAAAUAAAUUUUUAAAAAAAUGA